UUUCCCCUUCCCUUUCAUUUACGACUGCGCUGCGCCUCCCCACCCAUCCAAAAACUCCCUCUCCUCAGUCCUUACCGUCCACCGUUGUCUGCGCCGUCACGCCGGAGGCCGGACGGAUCCCUCGCCUAACUACUCCUCGUGGUACAUCGCCGUCACCAUCGUCCAUGUCCACUCCUCACUUCCUCGGUUAAGCUGAAGGCUGAAGGUUCCUCACUACUGCUCGUGGUUUAUCGCCGCUCGCCACCUCGUUCUUCCCCACGCCGGAGAAAUCGACGCUUCACGCUGUUCCUCGCCUUUGGUCUGCGUUCCUCGCCUCUGUUCUCCGGUUCUUUCUUCUGCACUGCCGAUCUACUUCUGCUUCACUUUGGCAAGGGGUUCCGGUUGCCUGAGCUGCUUCUCUUCUUCUUCGGUUCUGCCUGAGCUUCCUCUUACAAGGUUUCAACAAUGGUUAGAAAAAAGUCAGAGGAUGCAGGCCCAUCUGCAAAGACGAAGGCAAGUAGCAAAGAUGCCCCUAAGAAGGAAAAAAUUUCCAUCUCUGCCAUGCUGGCCAGCAUGGACGAAAAGCCUGAUAAACCCAAAAAGCCCUCUUCCACUAAGCCCAAAGCAAAAGCUGCUCCAAAACCUUCUGCAUAUACUGAUGGUAUUGAUCUUCCUCCAUCCGACGAAGAUGAAGAUGAAGCUCUCUUGGAGGAGGAGGAAGAGAAUGCUUCCAAUCGGCAUCAGAGGAGUGAAUUGAAGGCACUUGAAGUAUCAACCACAGACAAAGAGCUGAAGAAGCGUGAGAAGAAGGAUAUUUUAGCAGCUCAUGCUGUUGAGCAGGCAAAGAAGGAAGCUCUUAAGGAUGAUCAUGAUGCUUUCACUGUGGUUAUUGGAAGUCGGACUUCAGUGCUUGAUGGAGACGAUGAUGCUGAUGCUAAUGUCAAAGAUAUAACAAUAGAGAAUUUUUCGGUGUCUGCUCGGGGUAAAGAACUUCUGAAGAAUGCAUCAGUGAAGAUAUCUCAUGGGAAGAGGUAUGGUUUGGUUGGACCCAAUGGAAAGGGGAAGUCCACACUAUUGAAGCUUCUUGCUUGGAGGAAGAUACCAGUACCUAAGAAUAUUGAUGUCCUUCUAGUUGAGCAGGAGGUAGUUGGUGAUGACAAAACAGCUCUUGAGGCUGUUGUUUCAGCUAAUGAAGAACUGGUUAAAGUUCGACAAGAAGUUGCUUCUCUGCAAAAUGCAACUUCUGCCGAAGGAAGUGUUGAGAAAGAUAAUAGUGAUGAGGAAGAUGAUGCAGGGGAGAAGCUAGCAGAGCUGUACGAGAAACUACAACUGAUGGGUUCUGAUGCUGCUGAAGCUCAAGCAUCAAAGAUUUUAGCGGGUUUGGGUUUUACGAAGGAUAUGCAGGGCCGACCAACAAAAUCUUUCAGUGGUGGAUGGAGAAUGCGAAUUUCUUUGGCUCGAGCACUUUUUGUGCAGCCUACUUUAUUAUUGCUUGAUGAACCCACAAAUCACCUUGACCUGAGAGCUGUUCUCUGGUUGGAAGAGUACCUGUGCCGUUGGAAGAAGACUUUGGUUGUUGUGUCACACGAUAGGGAUUUCCUCAAUGCAGUUUGCACUGAGAUUAUUCAUCUUCAUGACUUGAAACUCCAUUUCUAUCGUGGAAACUUUGAUGACUUUGAGAGUGGGUAUGAACAGCGUCGUAAAGAGAUGAACAAGAAGUAUGAGAUUUAUGACAAGCAACUGAAAGCUGCAAAAAGGAGUGGUAACCGAGCUCAGCAAGAAAAGGUGAAGGACCGAGCAAAGUUUGUGGCAGCUAAAGAAGCAUCUAAAGCCAAGGGCAAGGGCAAGGGCAAGGUUGAUGAAGAUGAGGCCCCACCAGAGGUUCCACAGAAGUGGAGGGACUACAGUGUUGAGUUUCACUUUCCUGAACCUACUGAGCUCACACCUCCACUUCUUCAGCUUAUUGAAGUGAGCUUCAGUUAUCCGAAUCGUGAGGAUUUCAGACUGUCAAAUGUUGAUGUUGGCAUUGAUAUGGGAACUCGUGUUGCCAUUGUUGGGCCCAAUGGAGCUGGAAAAUCUACACUACUAAACCUUCUGGCGGGUGAUUUGGUUCCAACUGAGGGUGAAGUUAGGAGGAGUCAGAAGUUGCGGAUAGGAAGAUACUCGCAACACUUUGUGGACCUUCUAACUAUGGACGAAACCCCUGUUCAGUAUCUUCUUCGUCUCCAUCCAGACCAGGAGGGACUUAGCAAGCAAGAGGCUGUCCGUGCAAAACUCGGUAAGUUUGGGCUACCUAGUCAUAACCAUCUCACCCCUAUUGCCAAACUAUCAGGAGGGCAGAAGGCCAGGGUUGUCUUCACCUCAAUAUCCAUGUCAAGACCCCAUAUUUUGUUGUUGGAUGAACCCACUAAUCAUCUAGACAUGCAAAGUAUUGACGCAUUGGCGGAUGCACUAGACGAGUUCACUGGUGGAGUUGUUCUCGUUAGUCAUGACUCGAGAUUGAUAUCUCGUGUAUGUGAGGAUGAAGAGAGGAGUCAAAUCUGGGUUGUCGAGGAUGGUACUGUAAGGACUUCGGUUGGAACAUUCGAUGAUUACAAGAACGAGUUGAUGAAAGAAAUCAAAGCUGAAGUUGAUGACUGAGCUGCUCCUUUUUGAGAACAACUUUUGGCUACAACUUUUUUCCUUUUAUGCAAACUGAGUGUAAAUAAAAGUAUGUUGCCGGAAAUGCUACCAAUAUUUUUAGCUAGAUUCACAAUUUCUGUUUUAUACUUCUAUCAUAGUUUAUGAGUUGAUCACAAUAAAUGAACAUGUGUUUCUUGAUUA